AAUCUACUAUAUCUGCAGAUGGACAGUAAAUUAAAGACAGAAACAUCAAAUGUCACGGCAAUGAUGGAAUUUGUUCUUUUGGGUUUUUCUGAUAUUCCCAACUUCCAGUGGCUUCUUUUUGGGAUAUUUUUCAUCAUCUAUCUGGCUAUCUUGGUGUGUAACAGCCUCAUUAUACUGGUAACAAGCUUUGACCCUGUUCUCCAGACUCCAAUGUAUUUUUUCCUUAGCAAUUUUUCCUUUUUGGAGAUCUGUUAUGUGACAGUCACUAUUCCAAGAAUGCUGAUGGACCUUUUGACUCAGAAAGGAAACAUUUCUCUCUUAGCCUGUGCUACACAAAUGUGUUUUGUGCUUAUGCUUGGAGGCUCCGAAUGUCUCCUCCUGACAGUGAUGGCCUAUGACCGCUAUGUGGCCAUCUGUAACCCUCUGCACUAUUCCCUGGUCAUGAACCCCAAGGUCUGUGUCCAGCUGGUGACAGCCUCCUGGAUCAGUGGAGUUCCUGUUGUCAUUGGGCAGACCUGUCAGAUUUUCUCACUGCCCUUUUGCGGGUCUAAAACUAUUAAUCAUUUCUUCUGCGACAUCCCCCCUAUACUCAAGCUGGCCUGCGGGGAUACAUACGAGAAUGAGAUCGCAGUCUACGUGGUUGCCGUGGUAUUUAUCACCGUCCCCUUUCUGCUGAUUGUUAUCUCCUAUGCCAGAAUUAUCUCUAGCAUUCUGAAACUGUCCUCAGCCAGAGGGAGGGCUAAAACCUUCUCCACCUGCUCUUCUCACUUGACAGUCGUGGUUCUGUUCUACGGAACAGCCAGCAUCACUUAUCUGCAACCCAAACCGAAUCAAUCCGAAUGGGUCGGGAAACUCAUCUCUCUUUUCUAUACUGUUCUGAUCCCAACCCUGAAUCCCAUUAUAUACACCCUAAGGAAUAAAGAUAUCAUGGCAGCACUAAGAAAACUACUAACUAAGUUAUUAAGUGGCUCAAAGACUUGA